AUGGCAUCGGACCAAGCAACCUUCAAGCCCGCAUUGAUCCUGCAUGGCGGCGCAGGGAAUUUAAACCGUGCAACCCUCCCGCCAGAUCUCUACGCAGCCUACCAUACCUCCCUUCAAUCCUACCUCCGCUCGACCCAAUCUCUUCUUAUUAACGGCAGCUCGGCCCUCGAUGCCGCCGUCCACGCUGUCUCCCUUAUGGAAGACGAUGAGCUCUUCAAUUGCGGACGCGGUAGCGUCUUCACCACAGCCGGCACAAUCGAGAUGGAAGCUUCCGUGAUGGUGACUUCGGUACAAGAACCCGACGAGUCUAGAGAGGGUUCGGUGAAACGCGGCGCAGGCGUGAUGGGCGUAAGGAAUGUGCGCCACCCCAUUGAACUUGCGCGCGAGUCUCUGCUUCGCACCGGUCGUACGGUCGAUGGUCAACCGAGGAGUGAUGGAGGCAGCAUGCACUCGCAGCUUGCCGGGCCUCAUGUGGAGACGCUUGCUCGUGACUGGGGGCUUGAAUUCAAACCUGAUGAGUGGUUUUUUACGCAGCGUCGGUGGAAUGAGCAUAUGCGUGGGUUGAGAGGUGAAGCCGAACCUAUCUCCAUGAGCCAGGGAACUGUGGGUUGUGUUUGUUUGGAUCAAUGGGGAAAUCUGGCUGUUGCGACUAGUACAGGCGGAUUAACAAACAAGCUUCCUGGUCGCAUUGGCGACACCCCGACCCUAGGUGCUGGCUUCUGGGCCGAGGCUUGGGAUGAGAUGAAGCCAAAGGCUGGUUGGCUGAUUGCCUACCUUCGUGCCUCAGGGGAGACUUUCCCUCCAGCGUAUACACCUCUUCCAACCCACGUGCAGGCUGAUCAUUCGGGUACUAUCUUCGAGAAAGAAUUGCUGUACCAGGUGCCUCCCAGCAAGCCCCAACAGGUGAGACGUGCCAUUGCUGUCUCGGGAACUGGAAAUGGUGAUUCGUUCCUCCGCGUUGCUGCCGCUCGCACAGCUGCCGCAAUGCUACGGUUUUCUGGACCGGGCCGAUAUUUGACCCUCGCCGAUGCUGUAACUGCCGUGGCUGGUUCUGGUGGUGAACUGCAGCGCUCAGCUGGACAACGCUGGAAGGUGACUGGCGAAGGCGAAGGAGGUAUGAUCGGAAUCGAAGCUGAGUCUGCGCCGAUUGCUCUCUGCUCUCGCAAGCAGCUAAGUCGCGGAAGAGUUGUUUCUGAUUUCAAUUCUGGGGGUAUGUGGCGAGCCUACAUCGAGGAAGAUGAUGAUGGGAAAGAAAAGGAAGUGAUCAUGGUCUUCCGCGAAGAUUAUAAGUAG